GCGUGGCGGACGCACCCGGAAGCGCCGCCGGGGACCGAGAAGGUCCCGGUCCGGCGGCGGCCGCGGUCACGAAGGAAGGCACGGCGGGGAGCGGAACCCGGGAUGCGCUCCCUCCGGCUCCGACCUCUCUAGGGACGGUCCUGGGCUCCGAUGGGAGCGCAGCGCCUGCUGCCUGCCGGCCUCUGGAAGCAAAGCUGGGGCAGGUGAUCGCCUGCCUGCGAGGAUCCGGUAUUUCACCUUCCCCGUGGCCGCUGUCGAGCGUCUCCUCCGCCUCACCGCACCCAGCAUCGGCUUUCUGACCCGAACUAGAACCGCAAACGAUCUUCUCCGUGAAAGUAAAGGCAGCGCGUAAAAAUAGGUUCCCCAGGGAUCCCCGGGUUUGAGACACAGGAAGCUGCUGACUGCCUUCUGCUGGUGGGGAAGCUGAAAACGCGGAGCAUGACGGAGUCACGGAUAAAACGGCUUGCGACGACAUUGAUGGAUGCCACAACGGACAAGGACCCGCUAGUCCAAGAGCAGAUCUACAACGCUUUGUGCUACCUGGGGGAAUCCGAGCCGGAGGAGAUCCUCAACUCCUGUGACGAGUACCUGCGGCAGCACGACAAGCUGGCCUACCCUCACCGGGUGAUCAUCCUGAAGGCGAUGGAAACCGUGGUGAGCAACAACAUCGCCCUCUUGGACAAAAGCACAGCGAAAGUGGUUAUCUUCCUGGCGUCUAAUGAGAUGACCAAGUCAAAGGAGGUGAUCCGGGACUGGCAGCAAGCCGCGAGCAACGUCCUUGUUGCGGUGGGGCAGCGCUUCAUCAACAAGGUGAUGGAGGAGGUGCUCACCAAGUUUCAGCCGGGGAUCCUGCCGCACUACUUCGUCAUGCAGACGUUUGCAAACCUCUCGGUGUCAAACGUGUUUGGAAUGGUGCCUUUUCUCAACUCCAUCCUGGGGACGAUGCUGCCCAUGCUGGGAAUGGCCAAGCAGGACCACAUGAAGUCUGUCUUCUGCUACGCUCUGCAGCACUUCAGCGAGAGCAUCCAGGAGUACCUGGCGAACUUGGACAAGGCCCCGGACCCCACGGUCAGGAAGGACACCUUCUCCAACGAGAUCUUCAGUGCGUACGAAGUGCUCUUCAACAGCUGGCUGCAGCACCGGGAAGCCAAGCUCAGACUGGCCGUGGUGGAGGCUAUGGGACCUAUGAGUUACCUGAUGCCCGGUGAAAAGCUGGAGGAGCAGCUCCCUAAGCUCAUCCCAGGCAUCCUCGCGCUCUACAAGAAGCACACGGAGGCCUUCUACAUAUCCAAGAGCCUCUGCCAGAUCCUGGAAGCUUCCGUCAACAUCGGCAGCCGCAGCCUUGACGUGCAGCUGGACUCUCUCCUGGGCACCCUGCACCCCCAGAUCUGUGCUCCUGCGGAUCCAUCCGUCCCCCUGACUGUUAAAAAUCACACUGAGGUUCUUCGAUGCUUCACCGUCCUGGCCUGCUCCUUCCCUGACCGCGUGCUGGCCUUCCUCCUCCCAAAGCUGGAGAGCAGCAACGAGAGGACGCGCGUGGGGACGCUGCUCAUCAUGAGGCAGAUCAUCAACAGUGCCCCCUCUCAAAUGGAGAUUAAAAAGCCUUUUAUUCUUUCAUCUAUGAAGCUUCCUCUGCAAGACAGCAACAAUAAGGUGAAACGGGCCAUGGUGCAGGUGAUCAGCGCCAUGGCUCACCACGGCUACCUGGAGCAGCCCGGCGGGGAGGCGAUGAUGGAGUUCCUCGUCCGCCAAUGUGCCCUUCCCUUGGAUGCGCAGCCCAAAAAACAGCCGCCGGAUGCCGAUGACCUCACUAGUGACAGCGUCCAGAGCAUCAGCGUCAAUACGCUCUUUCUCCUCAGCACGACUGUCGACAGGAUGAACAACGUUCUGUGGCCGUACCUCCUGGAGUUUGUGACCCCCAUACAGUUCACCAACGCCCUGACCCCGCUCUGCAAGAGCCUCAUGUAUUUGGCCAUGAAGAAGCAAGAGGAGGGAGAAAACGCGUCCCUUAUCCGCUACGACCUGAACGCAAAUCUUCCUUCGCCCUAUGCUCUGACGACGAGACUGCUGGUUGUAUCUUCACAGCCGUACAUAGGAGACUGCCGGGGGAUGGCCGCCCUGCGCCUGCUGAACGUCUUGCAUUACAGCGUCCACCCCGCGCUGGACCAGCUUUGGAGCAAGCAGGUCCCUCUCCUGGUGGAGCACAUAGAAGAGAACACGGAGAGUUCCCUGUCCCAGAAGGAGUGGGAAGAGAAGCUGCUGCUGUUCCUCCAGGAGACGCUGGUGGCCGUUUCUGACAACACGUGGAUUUGCCAUUUUGCCACGGAGAUGUGCAGGCAGCUGAACAGCUACAACGGCUUCGUGCUGGAGAAGAACUUCCUGUAUAAAUGCAUCGGGACGACGCUCGGGGCGUGCACCAGCAAAGACCUCGUGCAAAAGCAGCUUCAGGAGCUCCUGGAAACAGCCAGAUACCACGAGGAGGUGGAGAGGGAGGGACUUGCUUCCUGCUUUGGGAUAUGUGCAAUAAAUCACCUGGAGGAAACCCUGGCCAAGCUGGAGGAUUUUGUUAGGUCUGAUGUGUUCAAGAAGUCUGUGGGACUGUUCAGUAUCUUCAAGGACCGUAGCGACAACGAAGUGGAGAAAAUAAAGAGCACUCUCAUCCUCUGCUAUGGAUACGUAGCUGUGUACGCGCCCAAGGAGCUGGUGCUGUCCAGGAUCGAAGCUGACAUCCUGAAGAACAUCUUCCAGUACUUCAACACCAAGGUUCUGGGAAUAAAGGUAGAGACCAAGGACCUGACCCUGAAGCUGUGCCUCAUCCGGAGCAUCUGCAUGAUCAGCCAAGCCAUCUACAACGGCGUGAAGUGUGGGGACUUCGUCUUCUCCCGCAAAGCUGAGCUUGUGGCCCAGAUGGUGGAGUUCAUAAAGGCAGAACCGCUGGAGGCGAUGCGGACGCCGGUUCGCCAGCGGGCGAUGAUCACCUGCACGUACCUGGUCAUCCUGGAGCCCCACCUCAGUGACCCCGACAGGACAGAGCUGAUUGAUACGUGCCUUGCUAGCGUGCUUGCCCUGCCGCCGAUGGAGAAGGAUGAGAACGGAGGCGAUACCUUACACAAAGAGAUGCUGUAUGGUGACACCAUCAGUGCCCUUAAAGACCUGCUGAAGAGUCUCCUGCAGAGGAACCUGACCCCCCACGGGCUGCAGGACAUGUUUGCGCAUUUAGGCCCCUGGAUCAAGUCGAACAAGGAACACGAGCGGCAGCGAGCGGUGGAGGUCAGCGCCGCCUUGCUGGAUUUCUACCUGAACAAGCUGAACGUCAGCACCGUCAUCCCGUUCUACAACCUCGGCGUCCUGAUCGCGCUCUUCUCCCCGCGCUGCUCAGACUCCCUGGCCAGCGUUCGCCAGCACGCCAUCGACUGUGUCCACUGCCUGCUCUACAUCCAGCUGUGCUACGAAGGUUUCGCCCGGGAUUACAGAGAUGAGAUGGUGGAGGGACUGAAAGCGCUGAAGAAAGGCCUGGAGGAGCCCGACUUCACCAUUCUCUUCCAUACCUGCAACAACAUCGCCAUGGUGAUCGGGAAGCGCGUCCCCCCGGACCAGCUGAUGAGCCUCCUGCUCGCCAUGUUCGAGGGGCUGGCGGACCCCGAUAAGAACUGUUCCCGAGCAGCCACCGUCAUGAUCAACUCCCUCCUCAAGGAGCGUGGAGGCGUCUUGCAGGAGAAGGUGCCCGACAUCAUGAGCAUCAUCCACAGCAAGCUGGAGGAGGUGGACGAGGAGCACAUCCGGAAGGCGGCCCAGCAGACGGUUUACAUCCUGGCCUCCCAGCACAAGAGCAUGGUGGUGUCCAGCCUGCUGGGCAGCGCGCUGCCCUUUGACAGCCACACGUGCGCCAUGUGGAGGUCCCUGGCCACCGAGCCCACCCUCACCUCGCAGAUCCUGGAGCAGCUCCUGGAGAAGGUGAACAGGGACGUCCCGUACAAGGAGAGCAAGUGCUUCCUGCUGGGGAGCGGAUCCGAACGCAUCGCGACCCCUCUUCCCCUGGCCGCCACAUGUGCUUUGUAUGAGAUCAUGUCUGCUCCGGAGUCUGGGGCAGCAGUGCUGGGACUCUACCCGCCGUUGUUUGUGACUCUCCUGCUGCGCGUCAGCUGCACCGUGGGUGUUCAGCUACCGAAGAACCUGCAGAGCAGGGAGAGGAGGAGCAGCAGCCACGGCCCGGCUCCCCGGAGCCUCCAUCCCUGCAGCUGUGCCGUGGAAACGCUGAAGGUCAUGCUGGCCCGGGGGGGCAGCGAGGAGGUGGCCAGAGCCGUGGGCAGCGCCGGCGGCUGGGACCUGAUGGCGAGUCCAGAGAGGCACCACGACGGGAUCGCCGUGCUCGCCGGCGCCAUGGCCCGACACGCCGGCCCCCGGCUCCCCCUGAUCGUGAAGAAUCUCAUCCCAACGCUGAGCAGUGUCUUCGACAGCCAGAGGAUCACCGCCACCGCCUUCUUCGCCGAGCUCCUCAACAGUAACGUGGUGAAUGACCUGAUCCUGCUGGAGACCAUGAUGGAUAACAUGACGGGGAGGCAGAAGGACGCCUGCACGCUGGUACGGAUGCUGGCUCUCCGGGGGCUGGGCAACAUCGCCUCCGGCUCUCCGGACAAGGUGAGGAAGCACGGGGCCAAGCUCCUGGCGUCCAUGGUCAACGGCAUGGAUGACAAAGACGACCCCCACAACCUGGUUGCGCUCGAGGCCAUGUCCAGCCUCUCCAAGCUCCUGGAUCACCUGGAGGAGAGAGACAUCCAGUCCAUGCUCCUCCACAUCGCCAUCAGGAUCCGGCCCUUCUUUGACAGCGAGCAGCCUGACCUCCGCCAGUCGUCCAUCGUGCUCUUUGGCAACCUGACCAAGUUCAGCGAAGGCAACUGCGAAGUCUUCUUCGAGCAGAUCCUGAACGGGCUGGUGACGCUGCUGCUGCACCUCCAGGACCCGAAGCCGGAGGUUGUCAAAGCCUGCAAGUUCGCUCUGCGCAUGUGUGGCCCCAGCAUGGGCUGCGAGGGGCUCUGCGACAUGUUCCUCAACCACCUGCGGGAGGACAGGAGCCUGCACUACGGGGAGUUCAUGAACAACGUCUGCAAACACCUGAUGCAGAGUUACCCAGAGAUGCUGAACCGCCUGAUCCUAACCAACCUGUUCUACUUCAAGAGCAACUGGGCGGACAUCCGAGCAGCCGCACCCAUGUUCAUCGGCUUCCUCGUGCUGCACGUGGAUGAAGACAGCUGUCAGCAAGUGGACCUGGACCCACUCAUUUCGGCUCUGAACCUGCUCCUGAAGGACCCCGUCCCCGCUGUCCGCGUGAAGGUGGCAGAGACGCUGGGCCGCCUCAUCAGGAUCCUGUGAACCCCGGGGCAGCCCGGCUCCACCGCAGCAAUAGUUGGGUCGGCUCCUUGCCACGAGCCCCAGGGCCUGGGGCCCCCACGGGCACUGCCACGUCUUCCUGCAUCGAGCACCCGCCUGGGCCCCAGCCUGCCUGCCUCCACGGCAGCCCCAUCGUCUUCCUCUGCUCUCACCAGCCUGUGGGAGCCCACCCGGUCCAGCACCUCCGCCACCCCUCUCCACGACCCGCUUGGCCCGGCUGUGGCACCGCGGUCAGUGGCCGGAGGAAGUGGUGGGCACGUGGCCCCUCGCUAGGGGCUGAUGGACGGGGUCCUGGUUGACUGUCGGGCUGAGGGUCCUGGGCAGGGGACCUUGGUGGCAGCGUGUGGGGGGAAGGGGCUGCAGCUGGCCCGGAGCCAUGGGCAGGCAGCGUCCCCGGGCUCCCCACAAGGCUCCCACUCAGCUGGGAGCGGGACAGAGCCUGAGCCCCCCCCCCCGCCCCAGCUGCCUCCAGCCCCUCGUCCCACCCUGCUGCUCCCCGAUGCUGAACACGGGGCCCUGUCCCCCCCCCCCCGGGGCUCUACUCGAUGAAUGUGACCGUCCUCUCAACACACAUGUACAUAAACAUAUUUUUAAAUAAAGCUCUUUGCUCCUCAA